UCUCUCUUUAUCUCAAGACACAAAAUAUAGUAAAAGAGUCUGGCAUCUCUCUUUCUCUGCUUUCUCUCAAUUCAAGUUUUCUCAUACUUUCCUCUUCCACCUCCAUUGAUGGAUUCAAUGUAUCGACCGCAGCGUCACAACUCUGAAGAAGUGUGUAGCGUGAAGUGGGAAUUCAUCAAAAUGAGCCAACAAGAGGAAGAUCUCAUCUUAAGAAUGUACAAACUCGUAGGCGACAGGUGGGAAAUAAUAGCAGGCAGAGUACCGGGAAGAAAGGCUGUGGAGAUAGAGAGAUAUUGGAUCAUGAGAAACAACCCAUAUUUCUUGCCUCCUCCAUCUUGCAAAUCUUAACCUUCUUCUCGUGUUGUGCCUCCCAUGUUUGUUUUUAGUAGUACUUUAUUUCUCAUUUCCAAAAACUAAAAACUAGAUGAGAAAAUAAUUGUGUGAGCCAAUGCGUACUUGUAGCUUUACCUAAUCUCAUCAAUCCACUAGUUU